GCCAAUCCCGCUGAGUAUAACACGAUCUUAUCGGGCGCCCGAGUAGCUGAAGCACUCGGGCACCACGCUGUUUUAAGCAAGCAUCACAAGCCACCAUUUGACCUACGGAAGCGAUUUCUCACAAAACACCGGUCUUUGCCUGAGAGCGUGCCGUUGCUUCAGUACCAUUCUGAGGCUAGGGCGGGAUUUACAGACACGGGAUGAUUCGAGCUUCUGUUCUGAGAUAUCUGAAGAAACUGCGCUGUGGUUUCCCACAACUCGCUCCAUUUCUAAGAUCUGUGUGAAUGUGUAUCGAGUUCUAAAAUGCACUCGGAACGACCAAUGAAGGUUUCCCAAAGAGCUCGUAACGUUCACAACGGGAUAUAAAUAUUGACAGUCAUAAAAAAAUAAUAUUUAAAUAAAUGUCAAC